AUGCCGUACUGUGUGGCCGUGUUCGUGCCCGACACGCGGGACUCACUGCAGCGGGUGGUGUCUCCGGCCGAGGUGGUCAUACUGGACGUUCGGGAGUCCUCUGUGGUGCCGAAGGAGUGCAGCCCAGUGCGCGUCAAGUUCGGGCAGCAGGCGGAGCUGAAGUGGAGCCACACAGGCUCGGCGCUGCUGGCCCACUGCACCACCGACGUCGAUGACACCGGCCAGAGGGGUCUGCGGACUACGGUGGUUCAAAGCUGGUCAUCGUCUCGACGCGGGCUACUGCUUGGACCUCACCGAGGCGAAAGACUCGGUGGUGCAGGCUGUCUCCUGGUGUCCGACCAGAGACGAGUGUGCAGAUUGAUACAGGGCUUUCAGCCAGCAAAGGUUACGUGCUGGAAGUGGGACGCGCAGGCCCGCGAAUGCUCGCAGACGGCUGUGCUCCAGGAGAAAAUGCACCGGAACACGAUCAGAUGGAAUCAUUUCGGAUCCAUGGUCUGCAUCGCGGGCUUCGGCAACCUCGCGGGCAAGGUCGACUUUUUCGCGCGCUCCGACAAUGAUCUCAAGAAGAUCUCUUCCUGCGAGGCGACCUGCACGGUCCAUGCGGAUUGGGCGCCAGACGGCAGGCAUUUGCUCACAGCUGUCCUGGCGCCGCGGAUGCGGGUGGACAACGGGCUGAGCAUAUGGUCAGCCCUCACUGGCUUCAAGGCCGCAGAGCUCGCCUACGACGAGCUGCUCGAGGCACACUGGGCGCCGGAGCCCGCGAGCAGUUCCAGGAGAGUUCACGGACAUCACCCCCGAGGAGCUGCAGAGGGCGGCCAGCGGCCAGGGUUCGGGGGCUCCAGGUCGAAGCGCCGGGUUGCAAGGCAAGAAGCAGGCAUACCGUCCUCCGAGUGCUCGUGA